CAGUAGAAUUGUAGAAGCAAGUAUGCUAUUUUCUGUUACUAUCAUGCUUCCAGCGUCAUAAGAUUUCACUGCAGUACUUUGACCUUUUUAUAGAACAUUGUUAAGCUGAACUCGCAGGCAAUUUCAGUCACUAGUUUUAAUGCUUUUAUAAGUAAUUCUAUUCUCACGUUGUACUCUCCAAAUUUUAUUCUCUUGUGAAUGCCACUGAUAUGCAGAAUAUGAAGAUUAGGUUGUACUUCGUCGUGUUCUUGUACGGUGGUUUAGUUCAAGGACAGACAACGCCCAAUCCAUACUUUCCUUUGCACUGGAAUUACGAUGAAAAUGAUCCCAACUCCCGCCCCGAGAACUGGGCCAAAGCCUAUCCGGAUUGCGGGGGCCAGCGCCAGUCCCCCAUCGACAUCAACACCACCAAGAUCCAUUUCGAUCCGCGCCUGCAGUCCGUGCAUUUCGAGGCGUAUAACGCUUAUCCAGCGGGUGCGCUGUGGACCGUCACCAAUAACGGACACGCAGUACAAUUUUCGGCGGUGAACUGGAUGAGCCACCGCGAAACGCCCGGGAUCAGCCAUGGCGGUCUGCCGGGAUACUACAGUUUCCUGCAGUUUCAUUUCCAUUGGGGAGCGGUCAAAGGUCGCGGGUCCGAGCACUCCAUCAACGGGGAAUAUUUUCCCUUAGAGCUCCAUCUGGUACAUCAGAAAGUGACUCCCUCCAUGGCGUACCGCUAUCCCUUUGGGCCCACUCCCCAGCCGACCACCGCCGCGCCCAGUAACACGGUGGAUGGCACGGGAUUGGCUGUGGUCAGUGUGCUGUUCCGCAGUAUACCCGGCCGUAUGGCGGCGCCCCAUAACCCGGCCUUCCAAGAGGUCAUCGACGCCGUCAGUCGUGUGCCGUCUCCUGGCGACACGGUAAAUGUCACCCUCCCGGAUCUCCUGCUGGAGGCCCUCCUUCCGCGCCCCCGCUCCUUCUUUCGUUACCUCGGUUCAUUGACCACACCGCCCUGCACGGAGAGCGCCAUAUGGUCGGUUCUGGAGCAUACACUAUCGGUUAGCGAAGCGCAGAUGAACGUCUUCCGUAGUCUCUGGGAGAACAGCACCCGCUCCGAACAUCUAAAGGAUAAUCACCGGCCGCCGCAGCCGCUCAACGGCCGCAGCGUCACCUACCAUGCGGAAGCGGCCGCGCCGAAUUACGGACCAUCGAAUUAUGGACCGCCGAAUUACGGAAAACCCAAUUAUGGACCGGUUAAUAAGCCCAUAGGGGCUCUGCCGAAUAUCCUGCAGAUUGAUCAGUUCUUCCUGCUCCCGUUUCCCAGUAGGCCGUACCCGGGACCGAUGCAGCGGCCUUUCCCCGUGCCCAUGCGACCGGCGCAGCAUUAUCCGCCGGUUAAUAUGAAGCCGAUGCUGCGACCCUUUGAUUACGAGUAUUAGUGGAACGGGAGUUUCUGAUUGGAGGGAAUAUUAACAGGCGUCUAAUUAAUUCUCAUUCAGCGCGGAUCGCGUGCCCGCAUCACACGAUCGGUCGAAUUAUCGCAGAUUGUCAAUGCAAUGUGUAAUUAAGGCAAAUUGUUGCCGCAGUUGCGGCUCGUGUCACGUGCGAAGAUUCAACGAAGUGU